AUUCUGCCCAGCUCUCUUAGAAAAUAUUUAAAAAGCUUUAGUUGGUUUAUACAAGACCCGCAAAGAAUACAAACGGGUCCUGGCUAUGAAACACAAUAACGUGUGACAAUAAAAUAAUAAAAGGAAUAAAUAAUAAAAGGAAAAAUAAUAAACAAUAAAAUAAUAAAAGGAAUAAAUAAUAAACAAUAAAAUAAUAAAAGGAAUAAAUAAUGAAAUAACAAAUAAUAAAUAGUACAUAAUACCUAAUACUUAAUACAUCAUACAUAAUAACCAGCCCUAGUUCGAAUUCGCGCCCAAACGAGCCACGGACUAAACCAGAAACCCAGCCACACAAAAUCGGGUAAAUCGAUAGCACAAGCAAAAUCGAUGAGCCAACAAAUCCCUAUAUAAAGCGGGCGGCUGGCCUCUGGGAAGUCAGUCAGUGUUCGGCAGCGAUCGGAUGGAAGUCAUCAACCAAAAGCGAUCAGUCAGCUCUACAGCAGGAUCUCCCAGUGGCAAAUAUAAUAAACCAAGAUUGUAAGUGUUCAUUCCUAUUGCCUCUGCUGACUUAAAGGUCCAACAACAGGGGAUCCUUCAAUAGCACCACUGUCCUGAAACAAAUAAAUUUCCUGGACGACCCUGGCCGUCCCUGACUACCAGAGGCACGACAGAACGUCAGAGGUGGCGCCCGAACAGGCUUAUAGUGGUGAUUACAGGGAAACCGACGCCGAGAGAGUGAUGUCUAGUUGGGUAUAUAUGGCAACAAAACCCGAACUAGCAGAAUACGCAAGUGAAUUCGGAUUGGAUUGGUCGGGAAAAAACGAGGACUUACGAAGAACAUUGGCGGCUCAUUCAAAGAGCACGGACCACUCAAAAGCGAUAAGAAGGAAGCUGACACUGCUAGCGGACAAAUACAAGAAAGAUAAAAGCCCCACCCGGAUACCAGAAAUCAUAGUAACAGAGAUAAGCUCGAGGAUGGGCGACGAAUAGGAGACAAAAAUGGAGGGAAAGAUGGAAACAGGAACAAUCGAUAGAGUGCAGAAUUGGGGAAUUAGAUACCAAGGUACGACAAACCCUCUGGAAUUUCUCGAGAAGAUGGAACAAUGGGCCACCGGAUACGGACCCCGGCAUGAUCAGCUGGUCCAAACAAUGUCAUUCAUACUGGAAGGAAUCGCUAUAGACUGGUGGAACACGACACCAACAAGGAUCACCUCAUGGGUACAACUGCGAACGGAGCUACUGGAGUACUUCCUGCACCGAGGUAUGGAGAACAGUUGGAAACCCAGUUAGGCCAGUUGAGGCAACGAGAGAACGAACCAGUAAGGGAGUACGCGAUGAACCUGAGGAAGCUCAUGAGGUUCACAAAGCUCACAGAGACGGAAAAACUCGACUGGGUGUACAAAAACUGUAGGAGCUAACUUAAACUGUACACAAGGAGAAACGGAUUAACAACGCUAACAGAAUUCCUUAAGCUAGCCGAGGAAGUAGACGAAAUCGAGCAAACGGCAGAGUGCUGCCGAACUGGGUCAGGAAACGGAGGAGGCCUGAGCGAAUAAAGCUGGCAACUCAGGCAAGGAGGAUAGGUCCAGCGGCAUGCGAACACCUAAUCUGCGAUGGCUACCAGAUAAUAGCACGCUUCGGAAUCGCGAAUAGGAGCGCCAAAGGCAUGGUAGACACCGGAGCAUCGAGAAACGCGAUGAGUAGAAACAAGUUCCGAGAUUUAAAGAACCAAGGAUGAUGGAGCAGUGUGAGGGCAGAAAUAUCGCUGGCGGACGGAUCACGACAAAAUGCGAUUGGAGGGUUCUCGGCGAAAGUCGAGUUUGGAGGGCAAGUGUUUGAUACAACAUUCAUGAUCAUUCCCAACGUAGAAGGAGGAAUCCUCCUGGGAAUGGAUUUUCUGGCAGGGGCAGAAAGCGUGCUGAGGUGUGGCGGACUAGAUCUGUAUAAAAGAAGGACCGGAGACGAAAGGAUAAAUGAGAAAGGAAACACAAUAGAGAUGACAAAGCCAGGGGAACCGUCCGAGGAGAAGAUCAAUACAUUCCUGGAGGAGAAUAGGCGGAUAUUCGAGACAAUGGAAGGAUUCAGUACCGCAGCAACGCACAAAAUAUACCUCAAAGACGACAAACCCAUUAAACAGAGGCGAGGACUGUUCCAAUGGACGGUGAUGCCAUUCGGACUGACGCAUUGAAUGAAAAACAUUUAAAAAAUGAUUUGAAAGGGUGGGCGUCACAGUUCUGGGCGUCCUCUUUGAUCAGCUCGAACUAAAAUUCUUGCUACUUUAUUUAUAUGCUAUUAUUAAUAUGCUAUUUAUGAACUUUUGCGUACUCUUGGAACGCUGCUGAUGAAAGAGUACAGAGGAACACGAAGGAACAUUUCGUCAAAAUAAUUGUGCCUAUAUUUGAGUCAGCAGCAAUAUAGUUUACGUUCAUAAUGCCCUAGCAACUAACUAGCUUCAUACAAACAAUGCUAAUACGCCCCAACUGAGUUCAGCGCUCCGCGCUAAGAACGGUCAGCAGCGGCAAUCGGACACCCAGUAACCGGGGUACCGAAAUGCUCUGCAUAAAUGCUGAGUCUGCUUGCCGACCAUGAGUUUAUGGCGUGAUGUAUUGGAGCUAGGGUAAAUUUAUAUUUUCUCGAUUCUUUGUAUUCAGUUUUAAGCUAGCACUUUAACAAUAAAGAACAGCUACUCCGGCACUUGGCCGUAAAAUACCAUUUGUUUAUAUUGAACAAUAUCGCUGAGCCAAAAGGCCAGCGAUCGGCAAGGUCACGCCCUCCAUCAUAAUCUCCGUAAGAAGUCAUCAUUCUCUGGCCUAGCAGCCGGACACACCGAGGACUCAGGAAGAAGACAUUCCCAGCGUCUGGAGUUGCAGAAAACAUCCGGGCUGGGGGAAUAAGCUAAUUUGUAUGGCUGUAACUUGACUUAGCUGCUAUGAGCUGAAGCCGCACAGUGGCUCAAAAGAUACAGAUACUAUACAAAAUUCAAAUCGAUCAAAGCGAUCUUACACCGACCUAUGGGUUUGUCGUAUGAGGUGGUGUUCGUGAAUAUGUUCUUUAUCAUAUUCAAAAGAGAUCGGGUCCCCCGACGUCCCACCCCAAAUUUCCAAGGCAAAAGAUACUUUCAACUCAGCGUAAAAAACGCACGGCUUAGAGCAAAUUGUGCUGUGGCGGGCAUACAUUUUUUCCUGGAGCUGGACGACAAAACUAUUUCGGACGGAAAUAUGUUCAUGGCGUCCGUUGUCCCCCUUCGACUCAGAAGUGACGGUUCUGACUACUGGAAAAAUCCUCGGCCUUCUUCGGUGCAUUAGUGGCGCUCCAUCUUUUUCAAGUAUGCUAAACAAACCCGAACAUUGAUUAAGGAUACUGUGACUGACACUGAGGGCCAAAUUUCUGAAAUAAACCCCAUUGAAUAUAGGACUAGGAAAUGAAGGGCCAUCAAGGUACAAUAUGAAUUUGCCCUUACAAUGGUUGAUGGAAAAGUUCUCAAAGUACUGACGGACACUAAGUCAACAUGGAAGUGUGCCAUCUGCCAUAAAAAGAAAAAGGAUUUCAAAAGCGUGGACAACUUGAUCAAGGAUGAGCAUAACUUGCAGCACGGUAUUUCGCCCUUGCAUUGCAGGCUAAGGACUUUGGAGUGGCUUACUAACUUCCAAGAAGUAAUGAACAAUUUAAUGAGGGCAUCAUAUCAAAGGAAAAAGAAGCGAUCAGGAAGCAAAAAGAUACAGGUUGAAAUUAAAGAACAGCGAGGACUAAAGGUCCUGCCCAAAACUUUACGGGAAUACCAACGAUGGGAAUACCUCCAGAGCAUUUUAUCACCAUCACAAGGAAGUUGCUGAAAUUACUGAAAGAAAGCGUGAAUGCUGAAGAAUUCGGAAAAUAUGCUGAGGGGACAUCACACCUGCUGGAGGCUACCUAUCCCGAUAAGAAGAUGACGCCCACGGUUCACAAAAUGCUUGGCCACGGAAAAGAUCUAAUCGAGUACCAAAGUUUGCCAAUUGGUGAAUUAUCCGAGGAAGCCCAAGAAGCCAAGAACAAGGAAUACAAGAAAUUCAGGCUUAUCAAAUCACUACACUUAUUCGAGAAUACUCUGAAGCUGCAAAGGAUAUGUAUGUUUCUUGAUCUUUACGUGUUACGCCCAAGAGAGUUAUUCUGGGAGUCCAAAAUUGGAAUAUUUGCUAUCAGCUCACUAAAAACCAACUGCUAAAACAAUGCGAUGGCCAUGUCCGUCUGUCCGUAUGAACGUCGAGAUCUCAUGAACUAUAAAAGCUAGAAAGUUAAGAUUAAGCAUACAGAGAGACAUAGACAAAACUGACAAGUCCAAACUUUUGCAAAAAUGUUUUAAUAUUUUUUAAAUUUUGCAUUAGUCUUGCAAGUUUCUAUCGAUUUGCAGAAUAACGUAUUGCAACGCCCACUCUAACACUUUUGAAAAUGUUGUUUAUAAAUUUUCACAUUU